ACAUCUCGCAGGUUGGUGCAGGCGCUCAGGUCGCUUUAAUCAGUGUGUCCUCCCGUAGCUGCGGUACACCAGGGUCAGUGCUUGCUGCAGAAAGAGUCGCUCCAACAACUCUCCACCGGGUCGCGACAACGUACCCAAGUGUACAGUGCUGUUUCGGCAGGCAUCUGUGUAGGAUGUACUAGCAAGUCCAGCAGAUGUUACCAGGCUGUGGCCGGAGCACGGGGAGAAGGGAAUAGUAAUGGCAACUGCAGCGAAUCUGGUUGCAAAAAGUGGCCGCCGCUUUAAGUGGGCCAUCGAGUUCGGGGGCGGUGGAAGCAGAAGUCGAGCUGACAGAGGUGCACCACAGGACAGUAUGUACCCUGUAGGGUAUUCUGACAAACAGGUUCCUGACACUAGCGUACAGGAGUCUGACCACAUCCUAGUAGAGAAGCGUUGCUGGGACAUUGCUCUUGGACCACUGAAACAGAUCCCCAUGAACCUGUUUAUCAUGUAUAUGGCUGGGAACACAAUCUCCAUCUUCCCCAUUAUGAUGGUGUGUAUGAUGGCAUGGAGACCCAUACAAGCGCUGCUUGCUACACCAGCUACCUUCAAGCUCCUGGAGAGUUCCGGUCAGCGCUUCCUGCAAGGGCUAGUUUAUCUGAUUGGAAACCUUUUGGGUCUCGCAUUGGCUGUUUACAAGUGUCAGUCUAUGGGACUUUUGCCCACCCAUGCUUCUGAUUGGCUUGCCUUCAUUGAACCACCUGAGAGAAUGGAAUACACUGGCGGAGGCCUCUUAUUGUGAUAACGGAACAGAAGACAUUCAAUCCUCUCAUAAAGGAAUUUGUACAAUACAGAUAUCACAUCCACUUUCAUGCCUACCUGAAUAUUUUAAUUCUGCAGCAAUCUAAUAAUUUAUUAUACUUUGCACAUUCUAUGGACUGGAGUUCUCCCAAUAUUAAAAUACUUCUACUAUAAUUCA